UAAGAUCUGUGGUUGUGGACAAUGAACAUCUGACAAAUAGUAAAUCGUAGUUAAUUUUAUCGUUUCAAAAUGAAAGUGAAUAUUUUCCAUUGAAACGCAUAAUAUCGACCUUAUAAGUGACCCAAUAAUCAAAUGUAUAAAAUCAAUAUUUCGGAACCUAUAAAUUAUUCCAGUGGUGGCUGAAAUUUCAAUGAGUGACAAAAAUUCUGCCCAACAAGGGGCUCAGCCCAUUGUAAAAAUCGGACAUUAUAUAUUGGGGCAAACCUUAGGAAUAGGAACAUUUGGUAAAGUAAAAAUUGGGGAGCACCAACUAACCAAACAUAAGGUGGCAGUAAAAAUCUUAAACCGUCAAAAGAUUAAAAGCUUAGAUGUUGUCGGUAAGAUCAGAAGAGAAAUUCAAAACCUGAAGCUUUUUCGGCAUCCCCACAUAAUAAAAUUGUACCAAGUUAUAAGUACUCCUUCCGACAUUUUUAUGAUCAUGGAAUAUGUAUCAGGAGGUGAAUUGUUUCAACAUAUUGUGGACCAUGGUAAACUGAAAGAGCAAGAUGCAAGAAGAUUUUUUCAACAAAUCAUUUCUGGAGUUGAUUAUUGCCAUCGUCACAUGAUUGUUCAUCGAGAUCUUAAACCUGAAAAUUUGCUCCUAGAUCAUAACAUGCAUGUGAAAAUUGCUGACUUUGGUUUGUCUAAUAUGAUGAUGGAUGGAGAAUUUUUAAGAACAAGUUGUGGUUCUCCCAAUUAUGCAGCACCUGAGGUUAUUUCUGGUAAGCUGUAUGCUGGCCCAGAAGUUGACAUUUGGUCUUGCGGUGUCAUUUUGUAUGCUUUGCUUUGUGGUACCCUCCCAUUUGAUGAUGAAUAUGUGCCAACCCUAUUUCGCAAAAUCAAAUCUGGAAUAUUCCCCAUACCAGAAUAUUUGAAUCCGUCAGUUGUUACUUUGCUUUGUCAGAUGUUGCAAAUCGAUCCUAUGAAGAGAGCAACAAUUGAGGAUAUAAAGAAGCAUGAGUGGUUUCAAAAGGAUUGCCCAGCGUAUCUUUUUCCUUCUCCAGUUGAACAGGAUUCUUCAGUUAUUGACACAGAUGCCAUUAACGAGGUUUGUGAUAAAUUUGGGGUGAAAGAAAAAGAAGUUCACAAUGCUUUGCUCAGUGGUGAUCCUCAUGAUCAGCUUGCCAUAGCUUAUCAUUUGAUUAUCGACAAUAAACGUAUAGCUGAUGAGGCAGCAAAAGCAGAAAUCAAAGAUUUCUAUGUUGCUGGUAGUCCUCCUCCAGUUAGCAUGAGUCCAACUCCAAUUGCUAAUGAUGGAAUAUCCAGUCCAUUAAAACCACAUCCAGAAAGGAUUGCUCCUCUUAGAGAAAGGGUCAUUGCAUCAAACCAUGCAGCUUCUGGAGAACGUGGAAGGGUUAAGAAAGCCAAAUGGCAUUUGGGUAUACGAUCACAAAGCAAGCCAAGUGACAUUAUGAUGGAGGUUUACCGAGCAAUGAAAGCACUGAAUUAUGAAUGGAAAGUGAUUAAUCCUUAUCAUGUUCGUGUUAGACACAAGAAUAUUCUUCAUGAUAAAUAUGUACUCAUGUCUCUUCAACUCUAUAAGGUUGAUUAUAAAAGUUACCUUCUGGAUUUCAAAAGUUUGAGUACCGAGGAAGUUGAAACCAAUCCAAUGAAUACAGCUGCCAUGCUUGGAUCAGUUCCUACUCCACUUCAAAGUAGCACACAAUCCCUUUCUAAUAAGAAUAGUGGUCAUCAUACCAUGGAAUUCUUUGAAAUGUGUGCUGCUCUAAUAAUACAAUUAGCCCGCUAAUAAAGCGUUGAAAGCCUUUUUGAAUGCCACUUUGAUGUUGAUUUUUUCCUUAAGUAUAAGUAAAAAAUCAAAGGCGACCUUCAAUGGUUUGGGAACUUGUUUCAUCAACAAUUGGGAAAGGUAAGUCUCUACAAUUCAAAUUUUCAGUUUAUUAUAGCAAAGUUGUAGUACAAAAUGAGUUUUUAUCAAAAUUUUAUGUUGGUGUCUGUUAUUGAGGCAAUAUUAUUCUAUGUAUUAUAUUCUCCAAGUUAAAUUGCUUCUUAAUGUUAAAGUGUUUUUAUUAAAUUAAUAUCCUAAUUAUUGUAUAUUUCACCAAUAAUUGCUAAUAAAAAGUUAUUUUAUUGGUU